UGCUGGUGACCACGGAGACCCGGAGGUGAAAGGUGAAAGUGAAAGGAAGCGGCUUGGUUUCCUGGUUGUUGGGGAUGAAGCUAAUAUUUGAGCUCGACAACUUGAAGCAGGAGAGAGCCGUCUCUCCCCCUCUCGGGCAUCUGUAACUGACACAGCGUCUAGGCUCUGGAGGAAAGUAGUCGGUCUACAGAAAAGAGGCAGCUUCUGCCAACAUUGGUGGGACUCUAUGAAGGUAUGAGCAUGGAAGAACUAACUGUAGAAGAUGAUAUCUCUAUAUUGAACCAUGAAGAAGCAAGCCCUGAAGUAGCACAUCUUAGGCAUUGCCCUAUUGCAACCUCUUCAGGUGAUGAAUCUGUUGCUUCACACUUUGCACUUGUCACAGCCUAUGAAGACAUCAAAAAACGACUGAAAGAAACAGAGUUUGAAAAUUCUUUCCUGAAGAAAAAAGCCCGGACACUAGAAGAAAGGCUGCUUAAUGCUUCUCUAGACAAUGAAAAAAGUCCUAUAGGACAGGAAGAAGUGAAUAAAGCAUACCAGGCUUAUCGGGAAGUCUGCAUAGAAAGAGACAAGAUGAGACAGAGACUAGAAAGAACGAUCAAAGAGCAGAUGGAUUCUGUGCGGAUUCUGAAUGAAACUCUGCAAGCCAAAGAAGUAGAGAUUCUUCAACUCCGAAGUGAAGUUGAAACCCAUCAAGUGAUGGAUGAUCUGCACAGAACCCAGAAUUCUUGGGAUUUAGAAAAAUCAAAUAAUGAACUGAAGAUGUACACCCUUAAUCAAGAGCUGGAGAUCCUUAAGCGGGAAUGUAGUUUCCUCAGGGUUGAGCUACACAAUUGUAAAUUAAAGGAAUCAAGCCUGAAUGAAUGCAUGUCCAAAAGAGAGAUCUUGAAAGAAGAGGAAGCAGUGAGAGAAGUUGGUCUGCAGAAGCCAUACCAGGAUCUGAAGAGAGAAAUGUCUAAUUUACAUUUGGUGACAAAGACACAAGCUGAGCUUCUGCGAAAACUGUUAGCCACACAGGGCUCAACGAAGAAUGUUCAGUGUCUAGAUGACUUGGUACUUGAUGGUGGAAAACUAGAGCUCCAUUCUUCCGUGGCAACUUAUCGAGCACCACGUUCCUCUUCAAAGGAUAUUGAUGUGAAAACUUCCAAUUUUACCGCAAUUCGCCAUUUUCAGCAGGAUACAGCAGCCUUAUGUGAUCAAGAGUUCCUUGCACCAUGGAUAAAUUCAAGACCCAGUCCGGUUGGCAGUGCUGCUCUGGAGGAUAGUGGUUCUUGUGGAAAGGGCUCAUUUGAUGAUAACUCGUGGGUUUUUCCUAGCCCACCAAUGAGCAACCCAAGCAAUGCAGCAUUCUGGAAAACUGGAAAUAGCUCUCCCUCUUCUGCUAUGAAAAUUCCUGUUGUGAAUAUGCAUAAUCCAGACUUGCUGUUCAGGAGCUGAGCUGUAUAAUUGUGAACUUCCAGUAAAUGAGAACUUCUGUUCACUACUUUAGAAAUGUACACUUAGAAGCAAAUGGAUGGUCAGGUGAUGGUAUCUCUUGAUGCUUCUAUAAUCAGUAGCUCAAUUCAAAGAAGUAAACGUUUUUGAGAAUUGCUGAUAAUCUUUACAGAAUGCAUCAAGAGGCAGAGCUAUUGCACAGUGACUUUUAUUUUCUUUCUCCAGCUAAUAGUUUAUCUUAUAUCAAACAAAAAUGUUAUAGAAAUAAGAUUUUCUAUAUACUGCCACUUGGACUCAACUGUGGAUUUAGGAAAUGGUGCUGAAAUUCUCAAUCUUUGCCUCUUGUAAGAAAGCUGAAAGUCCUGGCACUAGAAAACCUAUAAUCUGUGACAAAUUCAAAUCUGAUGUUCACAUUGCUAAAUUCUGUUCAAUAUUAUGAAAAUCGAACAUAUCCAAUUUAAAUAGUUUGUUUCAUUCUGUGGAGAAAGAAAUUUUGCUCAUCCAUCUUGCACUGAUAUUGCACCUUGUAGUUAUUUUUGAUUCCUCUAAAAGUGCCUCCAUAUUUAAUGGAAUAUGCUAUUUUACUUCAGAAGCUUCUCUUAACCCCACUGUCAUUCCUGCCCAAAACAAAACUGCAAAUAUUUGCUUUUAAAAGAAUCCAAUUUUGAGAUUUUUAAAAUAAAUUGCGCAGUGAUUUAUUUUCAGUGCGUACAUAAAUACAAUGCUGUCAUAUAACCUGUUGUGUUUAUCAGUGCAAUCUAGCAAUGGGUGGUCUGCCGUAGAACCUGAUAAAAGGCUUCAUUCUAAUCGUUGUUCAGUUAUCUUAAAGCUGUAAAAUGCCAAUGUUCUCCAAUGAAAUUUAUUAAUAUAGCCAAACUAGCCCAUUGAAAUGCUUUUCUAAGAUAUUGAAGUGGAAAAUUUGGCCAUAAGUUAGUUCUCUAUUUAAUGGAAUGUGAGAACUGAAUUUGCAUUCCCACAUUGGUUGGCUUUUAUUCUCUGGCUUUCUCAAAGUGGUGAGUUGACUAACUUGACAGAACUUCCAAACAGGGCACGGCGACGUGAGAUCCCCAUCCGGAAAAGAGGGAACAUUGGCCGUGAUCCAUCUUAGCAACUCAUAGCAAUAUUGGAUGAAGGAAAGAAAAAUUUGUGGUUGUCUGUUGGAAGCCAAGGUGAGCAGCAUGGAAGGUUAGCAAGGAGAACUAAUUGGGGAGAACAAUGCAUUAAAAUGGAAACAUUUAAAAUCACACUGUUCCUGUGCUACUGGAAAUCUGCAUUUAAAAAAGUGAUAGAGUUGCAUUUAAAUUCUGUAUAUCUCUAGGUUGGUCUGAUUUCCAUUUCAGAGUAACUAAAGUAUCACAGCAAACUACCAUUUAAAAACAUUCUCAUCUUUCAGAAUAUGUGGGCGCUGUUUCAGCUCUUAAUCAGUUUAGAAUUUAAAACUGAUUUGCAGCAAAGAAAGUGGGAUUUUACAUCUUUUAAGUUGCUCUUGCACUCAUUUGCAGUAAGAAGUGUCAAUUUAGCACUGUUAACUAUUUUGUCCAAUUUCAUCAAUUUAUAAUACAAAAAAAAAUACAAAGUGAAGCUUUAAAAAACUUUGGGUUUUAAAUUGUGGUCCAAAAUGAUUUUUUUUGUACCUGUCAAAUAAUGGAUAAUAUAGCCCUUGAAGAUCACUAAUAAUAUACAUUGUAGUCACUCAUUUUUGAAUUGUGGAACAGUUAUGUAUAUGAUGCAAUGUACUGAUUGAAUAAAUUAAUGAUAACUAAA